AUGGAUAAUAGCAAUGAUAUGGACCUAAAUAACAAUCUGUUAUUGUCAGACUUGUUUUUAUGGGAUAAUACAAACAAUGAAAGCAGCAGCAGCAGCAGUGACCCAAUCUCCUCAUCUACCACCAGCGCCAGCUUAUUGGAUGAAACCUUCAUGUUUGGGGAGCCAUCGUCAGCCAUUUCAAACGAAUUGUACAUGCAACCCAAUCAUGAUUUCCUUGAUCUGUUUUCGCAACAGGAAAAGGAUUUCAUUAUCAACAGCAAUGACUCGACUAUGAUGUUACACCAUGAAAUGUACAACAGCAACAAUGGUCUUGUCGUGGAACCUUUCACGGACCUGGAUGCAACACAACCUAAAAAAAUAAAAAAAAGAGCAUCUUCCCAAGGAAAGAGGAAAGCACCCAUCGAGGAUGAAUCCUCUUUACAGCAACAAGAGCAGCAGGUGGAUGUGAAGAAGCCAAAAAAGAAGAGAAAGAGGAAGCUCGUAAUGAAUGUCGAUCCAAACGCACCUCCCAAACCUAAACGAAUCACGGGCUUAAACAAACCCCUUAUAUUAAGUGCGUCUUUACAGACCAUCAUGGAUGGAGCAACACAGUUAUCCAGACCAGAGAUUGUACAGCGAUUGUGGAAAUACAUAAAAUCAAAUCAACUCCAAGAUCCAGCUGAUAGACGUUAUAUACUGUGCGAUGCAAACCUGAAAAACAUAUUUCAACAGGAUCGAGUCAAUAGCUUUGGCAUGAAUAGAGACUUGAGUGCGCAUCUGACAAAAAUCGAAACAGCCUUCACCACGACCACUGACGCAACAGCAGCACCAGUGCCACCUAUUCAAACUGAAGACUUUUCUCCCGUUCCAACAGCCGAAACACCAGAUAUUAUGACGCCAAGCGAUACUGAAGGCUUGCAAAAAUGGAACACCUUUAUCUAA